AGGAGAAAAGAAUCUUUCCCUCCUGUUGUCAUCCGACAGCACCAAUAAUGUACCAAAACCUUCCCUCCCAGAAAGUUUCUCAUCCAUCAUCACUACUAUGUUCUCCGCAACCUCCUUCUCUUCCUCCAUACCCACCCCCAUGCUCUAUCUUCCAUGGCCAUAACAUCCCAUGUCCUCUUCCUCCGCCGUAGCUUCAUAUUCUUUGAGCAUUGAAGUUACUAAUAUUUUCUCCUAAAUCUUGGAUGAUAUUAUAAACCGCUCCUGAUGCACUGCAUCGAUCACUCGAUUUGCUGUAUAUUAUCCGAUUCUCCAAUAGGACAAGCAGAAUGGAACAAAAAUUGAAACCAUAAUUCUAAUUGAUCGAAUUACCGAAAUAUAUAACCAAUUAAACAUAACCGCCGAAUACAAAGUCCCAAAAACUUGGAAACCUUUUAAUUUGAUGCCUUCUUAUUCUUAUUGAUCUAUGUAGGAUGUCAACAAGACAAGCAUAUACAAUAGUAUGCUAAUAAUAAUAAUAGCUACGAUUCCUUAUUAUCAUAUUCUUUUUUCAUUUACCUAUGCUAAACAUAGAUUAUCACGCCAAACAAUGAAAUGACCUCAUCAUCACACAUGUCACCAAUCUAUAAAUACAGACAUCAAUUGCAAUAUGGUUCUUUCAGAGCGUCAUUGAAAAUCUUUAGAAAAACAAAAAGAAAGAUAAUUAAAAGCGUUCUUGAUUGUGAGACAUGUCUUCUAAUUAUCCAAAUAGUUGCGGCUUCAAACGCGAGUUCAACAGCGAUGAAAUAAGCCCUAUAAUGGUGCAGGAUCCUUCUUGCAUAAUCUUCUAUUCCUGUCCCAACCUAUCCAACUUGGAUGAUACUACUACUCCUUUCUCUACAGUAAAAGACCGUUUUAGCCCCGAAGAGAAAAGAAUCUUGGAGAAUACUUUCAUCCACUGGAGCCACACUAUAAGCUCUUCUUUGGAUGAAAUUUCACAAACCAAAAGGCUGAGAAGAACCACAAGCAUCCCAAUUUCUCUAGAAAAUCUCUCAAUAAACCCGAUUUAUGGCUUGAAUUAUAAUAAAAAUAGCAUCCAAACGCACAUCAGAGAUCACAUAAAAAGUUGUUCGCAGAUGUACCGCGCUGCCGAGGCAGUUGAAGAGGCAGCACAAGACAUGAUUAAUUCGGAAGGCGGCGGAGAAGAUGGCUGCGAUGGAAUGAGGCUUGUUCAACUGCUAAUCUCUUGCGCCGAGGCCGUUGCGUGUCGUGACAAAUCGCACGCUUCGAUACUUCUAUCAGAACUCAAGUCUAGCGCCUUGGUUUUCGGCACCGCCUUCCAGCGAGUAGCGUCCUGCUACGUGCAGGGCUUGUCCGAGCGAUUGUCUUUGAUUCAGCCGUGUCUUGGUCCGGUGGCGGCGGCGCAACCAAUGAUGAACAUAAUGGACGCCGCGUCGGAGAAGAUGGAAGAAGCGUUCAGGCUGGUGUAUGAAAUCUGUCCACAUAUUCGGUUCGGACAUUUCGUGGCGAAUUCCGCGAUAGUGGAAGCCUUUGAGGGUGAGAGUCUUGUCCAUGUGGUAGACCUCGGCAUGAGCCUAGGCCUAUCACAUGGUCACCAAUGGAGGGGCCUGAUCCAAUCCUUGGCCAACCGCUCCGGGGCAUGUGUUCGCAGGCUCCGGAUCACGGCAGUUGGUCUCUGUAUUAGCAGGCUCCGGCUCAUUGGUGAUGAGCUCUCUGUUUACGCGAACAGCAUGGGAAUCAACUUUGAAUUCUCCGUUGUGCAGAAGAAUCUAGAGAAUCUGAAACCUGAAGAUGUAAUAAAGGAAGAUAAUGAGGUUCUUGUGGUGAAUAGUAUCCUUCAGUUGCAUUGUGUUGUUAAAGAAAGCCGUGGCGCUUUGAACUCUGUGCUUCAGAUGAUUCACGGGCUUUCGCCAAAGGUAUUGGUUAUGAUUGAGCAGGAUUCGAGUCAUAAUGGACCGUUUUUUCUUGGAAGGUUUAUGGAAUCUUUGCAUUACUACUCUGCAAUAUUUGAUUCGCUUGAUGCAAUGUUGCCAAAGUAUGAUACGAAGAGAGCGAAGAUGGAGCAGUUUUACUUUGCUGAGGAGAUAAAGAACAUUGUGAGCUGUGAGGGGCCCCUUCGGAUGGAGCGGCACGAGAGGGUGGACCAGUGGCGGAGGAGGAUGAGCCGGGCGGGGUUCCAGGGUUCGCCGAUUAAGAUGGUGGCGCAGGCAAAGCAGUGGCUUGUGAAGAAUAAGGUUUGUGAUGGAUACACUGUUGUGGAAGAGAAAGGGUGCUUGGUUCUUGGUUGGAAAUCGAAGCCUAUUGUUGCAGCUUCUUGUUGGAAGUGUUGAAUACAAGAAUCUCCAUUCUCCCUUGCAGUUUGAUAUAUGUUUGAUUGGAAUAAGGGAAUGACAAUAUGUAAUGGCUAUUCGUCAGAAAUAAGCUAUGUUUUGUUGUGUUCUCUGCUUGAAUAAUGUGUGUUUGGAAUACCCAAAAUAAUAUCUCGGAGUGAGAAUAAAUCCUAUCAGUGUUUUCCGUGUUUCAGAAUCGAAAUAAGGAGGAUAA